UCUUCGUUUCAUUAGAUCUGUGAAUUACAUUGUGUGCAAGCGAGGCUAUAUAAAGUUCCUCCAAAACAAGCCGCCAGACCUGCUGUACUAAGAAGUGGAAAUGUCGCGCAAUUUGAGGCAGCUGCUGCUUCUCCUUUGGAAAAACUUUGUUCUUCAGUUCCGAAGGCCGAUUGGAACAUGCAUCGAGCUGCUGUUGCCCGUUGCCUUGACUGCAGUUCUCAUAAUUGCAAAGGUUGGCCUGAAAACAGAUACAGCUACGAAAUGUUUCUCAACAUUCGAUGCAAGAUUUGUUCCACACUUUCAGAUAUUGAGCCUCCCUUUGCCGCUUGUCAGAAAAAACACAACAACAUAUUUAGCCUUCUAUCCUUCAAAUGCGUGGACAAAGGAUGUGGCGACAAAAGUAUCGGCAUUAUUAGGACCGAAUUUUAAGGCAACCGACAAAGAUUUAAGUGGAAAAUCAUUCACAUCAGAAGGAGAUGCUGCAAAGGAGGCUUCAGAUUUCUUUAGCCAAUAUUUUGGAGCUGUUAUAUUUGAACAUUCAGAAACAGCGAUGCCAAAAUUUAUAAAGUACAAGAUUCGUCUCAGUCACCAGCUGCAAUCGAAUUCUGCGUCAACACGAGGCUCUUGGCAAACACAGCGCUCAUUCCCAUUCUUCAAAGCCGCUGGCCCGAGAAAGUUCGACGAACUCCCUGAUUACUCUCGCCGCUUUCUUCCUUUGCAAUACGCGCUUGACACCACAAUUGCUCGCAUUCACUCAAACAACAUCAACGCUACUGUUGCAACGACAAUCAACCAAUUUCCGUUUCCUUCGUAUUUCAACGACCCAUUCAUAGCCGCUGUCCGUGGAUUGUUGCCUUUGCUUUUCACACUUGCAUUUAUUUACACCUCUAUCAUGAUUAUCAAGGAACUCGUUGCUGAAAAGCAGUAUCGUUUAAAGGAAUCGAUGAAAAUGAUGGGACUUUCUAAUUGGCUUCACUGGCUUGCUUGGUUCAUUAAAAAUUUCAUUUUUCUGAUGCUUUCAACGAUCCUGGUCACCAUUUUGGUUAAAGUUGCAAAAAUAUUUGAAUUCUCAAACGGUGGUGUCAUAUUUAUAUUUCUGAUCUUCUACUCUGUUUCUGCUAUAUUUUUCUGCUUUCUUAUCAGUGUCUUCUUUUCAAAUGCUAUAAGAGGCAUGCUGUUUGGAGCAGUUCUUUGGUUUGCAUCGUAUGCACCAUACACUGUUAUUGCCAAUCCGGCUACAUACGAUGUCAUGAGCACGUCUGAGAAGGCAGCCGCUUGUCUUCUCCCAAAUACAUGUCUUGGAAUUGGAGUGCAGAUUAUUUCAAAGUACGAAGAGGCUCAAAUUGGUGUCAAUUGGAGCAAUUUUAAUGACCCACCAACAAUCGAUGAGAAUUUCUCUCUUGCCAUGGUUGUUGCGAUGAUGGUUGUACAGUCUGUUGUUUGUUGGAUCCUCACUUGGUAUAUUGAGGCUGUAUUUCCCGGUGAAUAUGGUGUUCCAAAACCAUUCUACUUUGUUUUUACAUCUUCCUAUUGGUGCGGGACUUCACCAAGCACAAAGAAUGAAGUAAGGGAUAUAGACAUGGAUGCUGUGGAGGAGAAUGAAGAUGUUGAGGAAGAGUCUGCAGAGCUUGAAGUUGGCGUUUCAAUUCAAGGCCUGAAGAAAACCUUCUCGAGUGCAACAGGAAAGAAACUGGCAGUCGAUGGUUUAAGUCUGAAGAUGUACAAAGGUCAAAUAACUGCCCUACUUGGUCAUAAUGGAGCAGGCAAGACAACCACAAUGUCAAUAUUAACCGGACUUUAUCCACCAACUGAAGGAACAGCGCUCGUUGGCAAUCAAAGCAUAUCAACUGAGAUGGAUCGGAUCAGAGAAAGUUUAGGGCUAUGUCCGCAGCACAACGUUUUAUUUGAUCGAUUAACUGUUAAAGAACAUUUGAAGUUUUUCAUUUCUCUCAAGGGAGUGCAAGGCCAGGAGGCAGAGUCCAAAAUAAAUGCAAUGUUACAGGAUAUCCAACUAAUCGACAAGAAGGACGCCCAAUCCAAAACAUUGUCUGGUGGCAUGAAAAGAAAACUGAGUUGUGCAAUUGCCUUGAUCGGAGACCCUGAGGUAGUGUUUCUUGACGAGCCCACCAGUGGCAUGGACCCCUCUGCCAGAAGAGCUACGUGGGAUCUUUUGCAAAAGCACAGGGGAAACAAAACGAUGGUACUCACAACCCACUUCAUGGACGAGGCUGAUUACCUUGGUGACAGAAUUGCAAUUAUGGCUGAUGGGCGUUUACGUUGUUGUGGUAGUUCACUGUUUUUAAAGAAGAGGUAUGGUGUUGGGUAUCAUCUCACGCUUGUAAAGGAACCGUUAUUUCAAGAAAAUGAUGUUAUAUCCCUGAUCAGAGAGAUGGUUCCCUCUGCCAAACUCGUUGGUAACAUAGGAGCUGAGAUGUCUUACAUUCUCGAGCAUGAGAGUUCCAAAGUUUUUAAAGACCUUUUUGCCGCCUUUGAAGGAGAAAGAGGUCAAAAGCUCGGAAUAAGUAGCUUUGGUAUAUCAAUCACUACUAUGGAAGAGGUUUUCUUGAAAGUUGGUGAAGGCCUGGAUCACAGUGUAGCUCCAACGGAGCAAGAAAGUCAAGAUACUAAUGAUGUCAAACUCUUGGUUGAUAUUGAAACAAAUAAGUCAGAGCUGGUCACGGGCUUUGCAUUGGGCCUCAGUCACUUCAAGGCCAUGUUUAUAAAGAGAUUCCUGAAUUCUAAGCGGGAGAAAAAGGCGGUCGUCACCCAAGUUCUUUUACCGUUGAUAAUCACUCUACUUGGUUUGCUGCUGGCCCAGAACUCUCCUACGCAGCAGGAAAACCCCGCAAGAGUAAUGAAACUUUCGUCUGAUCUCCAAGCCGGUGCCCGUGGAAAUGCUUAUUUUGCCGACUAUCGAUUGAGUCCUGAUGCCAGCUUUUCAAAGCUCGUUAAAAAGGCCUACGAAGCGGAAAGACUGAAUGUGGAAGAUGUUACGGCGUAUUCAAGAAAAAUAUACACUGAAAAUAGAAACGACAGCAUUUAUUCUCAUCAAAAUAAGUACACCAUCGGAGCAGAUUUUAAAGAAUGCUGUAAUUUUCAAGACAUUGUGCUGAAUUCUAAAUGCCAAGCAAAGAUAAUAGCAGAUAAUAACCUCUGUAAAGAUGUUAAGCAAUUUGGAUACAAACACUGCUAUAAAUGCAUAGAUGGUGGUGGGAAAGACUGCUCCUCAUUCACUGUGAGGCAGACAAACCUUAACGAUGACCUCACGUACUUCACGGAAGUUAUUUUGGAAAAGAGCAAGGGCAAAAAAGCUUUCUUUGACACCCAUUUGGCUGGAAUAACAUUGCAAGAAAAGAAUAACCGUUUUGAAGCAAGAUCUUGGUUUAGUCACCAAGCCCUUCAUGCCGUUGCAUCUGCCUAUAGUGCUGCCAACAAUAUUAUGCUGUCACACAUGAAAAAUGAUUCAAGCUAUGGUAUCCAAGUCACCAACCACCCUCUUCCAAGAAAUCCUCAGGAGGAGGUGGACGUGUCCCUGACAAAUGGCGCAAAUUUGACGCUUGUCAUAUUUGUCACAAUGGCAGUGUGUUUUAUAGCGGCCAGCUUCAUCACCUUCAUUGUUACUGAGAAAGUUACUAAGGCAAAGCAUAUCCAGUUCGUAAGUGGUGUUGGUUCCUUCACCUACUGGUUUGCAACGUACUGUUGGGAUCUUAUCAAUUUCGUGGUUCCAGCCAUUGGUAUUAUAAUACUUUUUGCUGCUUUCCAACUGGACACCUACAAAGGAGACGACCUCGGGGCUUUCGUUGUUAUGCUGAUUUUUUUUGGGUUAAGCAUUUUGCCGUUUGUUUAUCUCAUCUCAUUCGCCUUCAAAAGCCCUUUGAUUGCAUACUCAGUUGUGUCUAUGUUGCUUAUGCUGGUUAGUCUUACUGCCGUCAUCGCCGUGUUUGUCUGCCGCAUACCGCAGCUAGGAUACCUGAAAGAAGCAGAAAUCAUGCAUCAUAUUUUUUUGCUGCUGCCAACUUAUAGCUUUCCUCAAGCUCUGAUGGAUAUUGCAGUAAAUUACGGAUCGAGAAAGGCAUGCACAGUAGAUGAAAGAAUCAAAGCAAUUUGCAAACAACGGGACACAAAGUGGGAAGAAAGUGCCCUAGCGUGGAAUUAUCCUGGUAGUGGCACUGCUUGUUUAUACAUGGCCGUAGAAGCAGUGAUCUACUUUGUGCUUGUGUUACUCAUCGAGGAAAAUUUUUUCCUCAGUAAAUUCUUUGCAAACAGGAAAGAAGAGAGUCAAACUCAGGAAAGCGACUCUGACGUCAGUCAAGAGCAACGACGAAUAUUCGCCAUGGACGAGGCCAGUUACGACAAAGAAGCUGUUGUCAUGAGAAAUGUUACCAAAGUUUAUGGGGGCAAUCAGCUGGUUGCGGUUGAUCAUCUGUCUCUCGGAGUACCAAAACGAGAAUGCUUUGGGCUUUUAGGGGUUAACGGUGCCGGGAAAACAACUACUUUUGGGAUGUUAACUGGAGAGCUGGGGAUUUCUGCCGGUACUGCAUUUCUCGAUGGCUUUAAUAUUCAGACCCAGUUGAGACAGGUACAGCAAAGGAUUGGAUACUGCCCACAGUUUGAUGCAUUGGUUGACAAAAUGACUGGACGUGAAAUGUUGCAAAUGUUUGCACGUCUUCGUGGAAUCCGAUCCGAUAAAAUGGAGCCAAUUGUCAAUGCAGCCAUCAAGCAGUUGAAUUUGUCGAAAUGGGCUGAAAAAAUGUGUGGCAAUUACAGUGGUGGAAACAAGAGAAAGCUCAGUACAGCUCUUGCCCUUGUUGGAAACCCCCCAAUCAUAUUUCUGGAUGAACCAACAAGUGGAAUGGACCCGGCAUCAAGGAGAUUCCUGUGGAAUACACUGAGCGCCCUCCUUACGAACGAACGGUCGAUUAUUCUUACUUCUCACAGCAUGGAAGAAUGUGAGGCUUUGUGCACUCGCCUAGCAAUUAUGGUGAAUGGAAAGUUCAAGUGCCUUGGUAGCAUUCAACAUUUAAAGAACAAAUAUGGCAAAGGACUUACCUUGAUGAUUAAAGUCGACAUGAAAACAACGGUGGUUUUGGCAAAGGUGGCAAAGAAAAUAACAAUAGUGUUCCUGACCAGGCUUCUAACUCCACUGCACCCGCAGAUAAUUAUGCAUAUGAAAAAGGUGACUCGGUACCUCCUGUUAUGUUCAACCGAAACGCUGAUCAGGUUCAACUUGGGCAACCCUCUCGCCCAGCUGAAGCAAUGGAGAAAGUCAAAGGCUUUGUGGCAGAUCACUUUCCAGGUGCCGCCAUUGUUGAUGAGAGAUCCGGCAUGCUGCAAUACCAAAUAAAUAAUGCAGAUUUACGAUGGUCGUACAUGUUCGACAUCCUUGAAUCAAAUGCUUCAGAACUUGCUAUUUCGGAUUACAGCCUCAGUCAAACUUCUCUUGAACAGGUCUUCUUAAACUUUGCAAAAGACCAGUAUUCUGAAGGCAGAAAGUUCAAGAAGAAUCUUUGCUGUUCCUGUCUGUAAUAGCUUCAUUUGGGAUUUUCCACUUCCUAUACUUAUGUUAUGCAUACUAAAGUGCUUACUAAAGUGUUAUGCAUACUAAAGUUGCAGAAUUAGCAAGUAUUUGGGUUUUUAUUUAAGAGCAUCAUAGAUAGUACUAUCUAUUGCUUAUUUAAAUUGUAAUUUUAUUUGUUUUUUGCUUAAAAUAUACACAAUGUAAAUAUUUGCUUGUCGGGGUCAAUUGAUAUCAAUUUCCUUGACCAACUUAUUGAGAAGAUCUCCUUUGUCCAUGAUCAGGUUGUCCUCAUUUUGUAAAAGGAGACGUUGAAUUUGUACUCUUUCACUCCUCAGUAACAUGAAGCAAAGGCUGGCCUCUUUUUUAGUCGUGUAGACACUGUUUUGAGACAUCUGUAUUUAAAAGUCUCUUCUGCAAUUCAAUUUGAAACAUUUAGGUUAUUUGGUGCUGGUCACGUACAUCUUCAUUUUUAUAUUUAAGUGGAUGUAUAUAAUUGCAGCGUAACUUCAAUCAUUGAUGCGACAUAUUUAUAAUCAAUAGUUGCUCCAACAUUGUUGGUGAAUUAUUUAAUGCUCUGGAUGGAGCAAUAUUUAGAUAUUUGCUUAUUUUUAAUCAGUUUUAUCAUCUUAACAGUUUUAAUUCUGCCAACACCCAGAACCCAACCCCCCCCCCAAACCCCCACCACCCCAAUUAUCAGCGUAGGAUAGCUAUUACUAUCAACUCUAACUGUUUUCAUCUCUAAUUAAAGAUACCUCUCCUUUCCAUCAUAUAGCCAUUCGCUGCAUGAAUAGCUGUUUUAAUAUUAGGAGGAUUAGCUGUUUUUUCAAUGCAGUAUACCCUAACUGGAGUAAUAUUCACACGUUAAAGUGAGGGCAUUCUUUGCACUAGAAACAUAACUAUCUACUAAAAGAAGUUAAAGCAAUACCUUACUGGGUUCUUGCAUCUGACGUCCUCUUACUCAGGUCUUUGUUUUGACAGCCAUGGAGACAUGAGGCUUCUUCCUAAAACCCUAUACCCCAAUUCCUAAACCCCCCCUCCCCAAGUUAGAGAAUCUGUCAAUUUGCACUUCAAUGCGAGUAAUUGCCAAAAUUACGUAAUAAACCUCACAGCUGGACAAUCUGAUGGAAAACAUACAAUUUUAUACUCGUCCUGUACAGUCGAAUAGACUUAAAAUGAAACUGGCAUCUUCUCUUUCUCCACUUUGUCAUUUUUCCUCAUUCACUUUCGUUGAUUCAUCACUUUCUUUCUUCUUCUUUUUUAUUUACGUUUAAGCCAUACCUUUAUUACUUUUUAUAACUCAUUAAUGGUAUUUGGAACUAUUUUACAGUGGACUUGUUAGGUAGUGUUAUUUAAAGCACAAUUUAGUAUCAUUAGGCUAUUGAUGUUUAUUCUAUAAGAAUGUAUUUAUUAGGCGGGUAUCAAGUAUUUACUAUUGCAUUUAUUACACUAAUUUGUAUUUGUUUCUAGUUAGACAUCCACUGAAUCUCAUGGUUAAGGUAACUUGCUGAAAUAAAGAAUGUGCAACGA